CAGGCGCUUGGAGGACAGCAAGAUGGCGGCCCCCGUGGAUCUGGAGCUGAAGAAGGCCUUCACAGAGCUUCAGGCCAAAGUUAUUGACACUCAACAGAAGGUGAAGCUUGCAGAUAUACAGAUUGAACAGCUAAACAGAACAAAAAAACAUGCACAUCUUACAGAUACAGAAAUUAUGACUUUGGUAGAUGAGACUAACAUGUAUGAAGGCGUCGGAAGAAUGUUUAUUCUUCAGUCCAAGGAGGUGAUUCACACUCAGCUGUUGGAGAAGCAGAAAAUAGCAGAAGAAAAAAUUAAAGAACUAGAACAGAAAAAGUCCUACCUGGAACGAAGCGUGAAGGAAGCGGAGGACAACAUCCGGGAAAUGCUGAUGGCUCGAAGGGCGCAGUAGGAGCUUCCAGACUUCCACUUCUGGCCAGGUGCCCUGAUGGACAUUCUGUCUGCACGGCCCAGCAACCCCACUGUUCUACAACCCCCUGCACCCCUUUCCGGGUCCUACCCUGUGCUGUUGUUUUAAAUCCUGGCUCUGCCACUCCUUUCCAGGCCCUUUCUCUCCCCUGAAUUCCUAGGGGGAAUGGAGGGGCCAGGACGGCUAGCUGAGCCCACCCCUAGGGACACUGGUCACUACCUCCACUCGGGCCACAUGUCUGGAGCUGAGGCUGGAGACAGCGGAGGCAAUGGGGGGCUCAGCUGGCAGCUUCUCCCUGCACGGUGAAGCCCCUUUCUUCUUGGGGAGUUGGGUCCCAUCCUGCCCCCCCUCUUUCCUCACUGUCUGGAAAUUCUGGUCCCACCUUCCCUACCAGCUGGUAACAACGCCACCCUUCUCCCCCCCCCCCCCCGAACAUGCAGCUCCUCCAAGGCUAUCCUGGGGGACAGUAAGUAUAUCUUGGGGCUGACACUCGACCGUGGGUGCGGGGACUGACUUGUGCAGGAAAGCCAGUUUGGGAUUUUUAAGAAUUUACUUAAAGCCAGUUGUAAAACACAGCCAUUACUGAAAAUUAAAUUGUGUAAGUUUUCAAAUUACAUCAAAAACAAAGAAAAUAAAGACUCAGAACUCA